UGGGGGUGUAAAAAGAAGAGGGACGACGCCGGUCCGCUCGUGCCCCCAAAAGCCCAUCUGGAAAGCGAGCGCGUGCGUCUUGCCCGCAUAAAUGCCUGGUCCAGAGCGCCGGCGGGACGACAGGAGAGAGAAGAAGCGCUCGCGGAGCCGCGCUGCACAAACGGAUUACUUUUUGCUGGCUCUCUGGCGGGGUUAGAGCGCGACCCCGGGAUUCUUCCUUUUAACACCUUCGACCGAUACGCAAGCGGGUACCGGCUGGUGACGGCACAUUAACGGAUCAGGACUCUGAACUGGCAGGACAAAUGAAUACAAAUGAAUUUAGCGACCCGAAGGAGAGACCGCGGUACCUCUCACCUCCACGCAAAGAGAGCUCUACUCCUGUGUACUCUUCUGUGUUGCACUUGUUCUUCAGGACUCACACAAGCGCUGUCUGAAGAUGUGGAUGUAUUGCAGCGUUUGGCUCUUCGCCUUGAGCAGGGUUCUCGCUCUGUCCCAUUUGGUGUCAUCCCACUCCGCUCCAGCAUCAUCCUCACAGCACGGGCACGUGUCACUGCUGCCACACGCACCAUAUUCCCACAGCCUUUCUCCUGGAACACCACACUCGUGCUAAGCAUUCGCUCACAUCGUGCCAACUCUGCCUUCCUUUUCUCUGUUUUCUCUGGCUCACGCCUCCAGUUAGGCUUGCAGGUGUCACCAGAUGACCUUACACUCCACGCUGGGCCUGGCAACUCAGUUCGCUUUCCAUAUCACCUUCAUGAUGGCCGCUGGCACCACCUGGCCCUUGUGCUUGCUGGCCAGACAGCCACCCUGCUGCCUGCUUGUGACAAUGGCAGCAGUGGAACAACCCAAGAGUUUCCACUACUCCCACCAUUUCACCUGGACCCCCGCAGCACCUUCCGACUGGGCGGAAGCAGUGCCCUCCUACCUGGCAUUGAACCCUUUGAGGGUGCAGUGUGCCAGUUCGAUGUGGUACCCGCAGGACAGGUUAACUACUGCAAAGCCAUUCGCAAGCAGUGCAGAGAAAAUGACACCUACCGGCCAGCACCACCCUCUCCCCUGCUGCCUUUACCCUCCACAAUGGUGCAGUCAUCCACAUCUAAUCAUACCCUUGCAGUGAUGCCCACUCUAAUUCCCUGGACACUCCUGAAUGGCUCUGUUACACCUAGAGUCAGAGCCAGCCAUGAUUCUGGAGGGUCUCGAGCCACAGCGACUCCUCAAGUGCCCCCAGCUCAGAUAGGACUUGACCCGCCACCAUUCCAUAGAAACGUGAACACCACCACACCUGCACCAACUUUCAGGGCACACAAAGCGCUGCCUCAGAAAAGCCCCAAACCCACAGCCUCCAAGCCCAUGUUGGGAAAAUCCAUCACUGCCACCAAACAGACAGGGAUCAGACACACAACAGAAAAAGCUCAAACUAAAACUAUUACUUCAAAACCAUUACACAUGUUUGCCAGUCCAAAACCUACUGUCUCAAAUCCCAUUAAUGUAUCAAAUCCCAACAGCUCAAAACACACACGCAUCUCAAAAGGCUUCAGCUUAAAACCCACCAGUGCAUCAAAACAUAACAGCUUAAAACCCACCAGUGCAUCAAAACUUAACAGCUCAAAACCCACUAGUGUGUCAAAACUUAACAGUUCAAAACCCACUAGUGUGUCAAAACUUAACAGUUCAAAACCCACUAGUGUGUCAAAACUUAACAGUUCAAAACCCACUAGUGUGUCAAAACAUUCUAACUCAAAACCCAAUGGUGUAUCAAAAUCUGCUAGCAUAAAACCCAUACUCAUAUCAAAACCCACCAAUUCAAAACAUAUAGCUUCCAAAUCAGCACUAGUGAAGCCCUCUAAACCAACAACUGCAAAAUCUAUAGCCAUCAAACCCACAAUUCCAAAAGGGUCUCUUCCCAAAUCCUCCCCUUCUAAACCUCCAUUUAAAAAAAUCCCAACUACCCUCACACACACUCCAGUGACCUCUACUGUCAGUUCCAUUAACCGCCAAUUAAACUUAUCAAUAUCUUUAUCCAACAAGAUUCCAACUACCGCCAAGAAACUAAGCCCUUUGCCAACUACAAAGAUCCCAAGCAGCACCCAACAGACACCCAGACACAUGCCCCCCAUGCCCAGGACCACACCUGUCAUCCCUGUUGUUUCAAAGAUGCCUCCAGUAAAACCUACCAAAAGCUCAGUGGUACAUGUUACCACGUUGGCCCCAGAGACAGGGACAGUUCUGCCUGCUGAUGGACUUCAGGGCUGGGAUCUGGAUCUAGGACUGUUUGCUUCUCCAAUUGGACCACCAGGGCAAAAGGGAGAACCUGGGCCUGUGGGAAUUCAGGGACCACCAGGAAAACCAGGAGCACCAGGAAAAAGGGGACCACAGGGACCACCCGGGCCACACGGUAAUCCAGGAAGACCAGGUCCCCCAGGUUUAAAGGGGAAGAAGGGUGACCCUGGUCUUUCACCUGGAAUAGCCCCUAAAGGAGAGAAAGGAGAUCCUGGUAUCAUUGGUCCUGUUGGUUUACCUGGUGUAGAGGGUCGAAAGGGGCAAAAAGGCCAUCCUGGACCACCUGGUCUCCCGGGAGAAGCAGGGGAGCAAGGGCCUGAUGGAAGUGCUGGUGCCAAAGGUUAUCCUGGCAGGCAGGGUCUUCCGGGUCCCAUAGGGCCUCGCGGGCCAAAAGGCGCUCGGGGUUUUAUUGGCAUCCCAGGCCUUUUCGGUUUACCAGGACCUGAUGGUGAAAGAGGUAAUCCUGGUCCUCCAGGGAAGAGGGGCAAGAUGGGUAUGCCGGGUUUUCCAGGUGAUUUUGGUGAGAGGGGACCCCCAGGAGCUGACGGAGAGCCUGGUGUUAUUGGUGCCACUGGCCCUCCUGGAGUACUUGGAUUGAUUGGUGACAUGGGCCCAGCUGGUAUGGUUGGUGUACCAGGACUGAUCGGACUAAAGGGUGUUGCUGGGAACAUGGGCGAGCCCGGACUGAAAGGUGAUAAGGGUGAAACUGGGCUCCCUGGACAGCAAGGGGAGAUCGGGUUCCAUGGAGACAAGGGAAUUCAGGGUUUGCCAGGGUUGCCAGGUCCUCGUGGAAAACCUGGACCUCAGGGUAGACCAGGAGAGAGAGGGCCUGACGGGGUCCCUGGCCCACCAGGUCCUGAGGGUUUUCCUGGUGACAUCGGACCACCUGGACAAAAUGGGCCUGAGGGACCAAAGGGUGUACCUGGGAUGAGGGGGUUAACAGGACCUCGUGGAGCUGCAGGACGAGAGGGAGAUGAGGGCCCAGUUGGACUACCUGGACUGACAGGACUGGAGGGUAUUAUGGGCAAAAAAGGUUUUCCUGGCAAGAUCGGUCCUGAAGGAGUUAAGGGGGAACAAGGAGACACAGGGAAGGCUGGUCCAAUGGGAGAGAGAGGUUUGGUUGGCUUUGUGGGGCCAGUAGGUGAACCUGGACUGGCAGGAGAAAAGGGCGAUCGAGGAGAGACAGGUUUGCCAGGACCACCAGGCGAAAAAGGAUCUACCGGACAUCCAGGGACUCCUGGAGAGGCCGGACCUCCUGGACCACCAGGUUCACCAGGCACUCCAGGAUCACAAGGCCCUGCUGGCACUCGAGGGCCUAAGGGAAGACGGGGCCCACGGGGGCCAGAUGGUCAGAUUGGCGAGGCUGGCACUGAGGGCAAAAAGGGUCCUGUUGGUCCCCCUGGAAAAGUCGGGUUUCCUGGAGAGCAGGGGAAGAUUGGCGAGCCGGGAGAGACAGGGCCAAAAGGAUUUCCGGGAAUCCAAGGGCCUUCUGGAGCUCCAGGAGAAAAGGGGAUUGCAGGAGAGCCAGGACCCCCUGGAAUACCAGGAACAAUAGGGCCUCUUGGAAACAUUGGACCAAAGGGUCCACCAGGAAAAGUGGGAGAAACAGGAGUCCCUGGUGAACCAGGAGAGAAGGGCGCAGUGGGAGCUGAAGGGAGUGCCGGAGCUCCAGGCCUCAUCGGACCCAGGGGAGAGCCAGGUUUGGAGGGUGAACAUGGUCCUGCUGGUCCUGAUGGUGCCAAGGGUGAAAAAGGUGACAUGGGUCUAGAGGGUGAACCUGGUGAAAGGGGUGACCCAGGGAUCAAAGGCAAAGAGGGUCCACCAGGUGAUCCUGGACUCACUGGAGUCAGAGGUCCUGAAGGGAAGCCAGGGAAAAUGGGCGAGAGAGGGAAGCCUGGCCUCAAGGGGGCAAAGGGCAACAUGGGACACCUGGGUGAGACAGGAACAGCAGGGAAACCUGGACCAGUUGGAACCAUUGGACCAAAAGGAUCAAGAGGAACUAUUGGACCCGUGGGUGCUCCAGGCCGGAUGGGACAACAGGGCGAUCCAGGUUUAGCAGGUUAUGAGGGUCACCGGGGGCCACAGGGUCCUAUAGGGCCUCCAGGGCCAAAAGGUGUAAAGGGCGAACAGGGAGAUGAUGGGAAAAUGACAGGCCCUCCUGGUUCUCCUGGACUUCGAGGUCGCGUCGGUGACCGUGGCGACCGAGGGGAGUCAGGAGAUCCAGGAUACCCAGGUCAGCCGGGGGUGGAUGGACUUCGAGGCAAAGCUGGUGCACCUGGAUUACCUGGUCACCCUGGUCCUCGUGGACAACAAGGCCCCAAAGGAUCAAAAGGGGAGCAGGGUCAAAAGGGUAAACAGGGUCAGCAAGGAGAACGUGGAAGUAGAGGAUCACCAGGUGUGGUUGGCUUGCCUGGCCCGAGGGGUGUGAUUGGUCGAGAAGGCCGGGAGGGCACUCCUGGAGUGGAUGGCAUUCCAGGGAAGGAUGGAAUUAAUGGAAUAAAAGGUGAUCAAGGAGAUGAUGGAGAGGUCGGGCUUCCAGGGAAAUCUGGAGCAAGGGGGAAAAUUGGCGUUCCAGGUUUACCAGGAGAUCAGGGUUCAUUUGGUCCAAAGGGUGAACGAGGUCUCCCAGGUCAUCCUGGUCCUUCAGGGAAAAGAGGUUUUAAAGGAGGAAUGGGGCUGCCAGGAGCUCAGGGAGAUCCAGGGCCCAAAGGACAGCCAGGAGAUGUUGGAGAGCCUGGAUUUCCAGGGAUACUAGGAAUAUUUGGUCCGAAGGGGCCUCCAGGAGACUUUGGGCCAAAAGGCUUUCGUGGACCUAAAGGGCCCCCAGGCCAAAUGGGUAAAGUGGGAGUGACUGGUCCUGUUGGUAUAAUUGGCCCAGGUGGCAGUCCUGGUCCUAGAGGGGAUUCUGGUAGCAGAGGAGAAAUGGGUGCUCAGGGGCCGAGGGGUGCUCCUGGACGUCGAGGACCUCCUGGACCACCAGGACCUCCCAGCAUCCCAAAAGCCUUUCAACAGGACGAUAGUGGUGGAACUCUGUCUGAGUUGGUUGGUUCACAUGCUGCUUUUAAAACUAAGGUGGCAGAUCUAAUGGAUUUUCCCAUGGACCGAGCUCCAGAGAUCUUACAGACACUGCACUAUCUGAAUUUGCUAGUUCUCAGUCUGAAGAAUCCACUAGGAACACGGGAUCAUCCGGCUCGCCUCUGCCGGGACCUUAUAACCUGCCAACACAAAUUCAACGAUGGCACUUACUGGAUUGACCCAAACCUGGGUUGUCCUACUGACUCUAUAGAAGUGACAUGCAACUUCACAAGAGGCGGGCUCACCUGCCUUAGACCAAUUACUGUGUCCAAGCUGGAGUUCAGAGUCAGGCAUGUCCAAAUGAACUUCCUGCAUCUGCUGGGUUCAGGGGCAGAGCAACGUAUCACCAUCCACUGUCUUAACAUCACCAUCUGGAGCUCCACCCCCGCUCAGACUCCUUCUAAGAAUGCCGUGAGGUUUAUGGCGUGGAAUGGAAUGAUGCUGGAACCAGAAGUGUUGGAGGACACAUGCUGGCAACGCGAUGGCCAUUGGAGGAAUGCAGUCUUUCUGUUCAGAGUGACAGACGCCUCGCUGCUUCCCAUCAAAAGCAUUGCUAAUCUGCCAAAAACGGCAUCCAUGUCACGCUAUCACCUGGAGGUCGGACCUGUGUGUUUCCUGUAGUGUGUGUACACUUGAAUUGGUAUGCAUAUGUGUGUCCACUUCCUUGCACACUAUAACCGGCUGAAGCAACCCACGUCACAGCCGCUUUAGUAUUCAGCCACUGAUUGGACUGCAGAAACAGGAAGAAGGUGGUGUGAGCGGGGCUUCUGGGGGAUUUAGCACUAAAAGACUGUGGAGGAGAAAUCCACCCUUCCGGCCUCAGAUGUCAUAUGAGAGAAGACUCUAAGAAUAUGACCCAGUUUACAUAGGUACAGGACAUCUAGGCCAGGGAAAUACUGCCACGCUCUCUCUCUCUCUCUCUCUCUUUUUAUUCUAUCUUUAUUGAAUAUUAUAAGUUAUUAUAAUGCUUGUCCUAAGGAAGGAUGCUCUAUUGUAGAGAAGAAUUAAGAAUUGGAAAAAUUUAUAUGUAUGUAUGAGCUUUUAUACAAUAACUAUAUCAGUAAUGCAGAAAGUGCAAUACAGAAGGAAACUGUUUAUUAUAUGUUGAUUAAAUAUCAAGUGGGUUAACUUUAUGGAAGGUAUUUCAGGGGUACUGUCAACAAUCAAAAGUGUGUAAUUUAACGUAGUAUCAGACAGGGAGGUAUAAGUGUUUGUGCUUGCUUGUGUGAGUGUGUGUGAGUGUGUGUGUGUGUGUGUGUGUGUGCAUUUUAAUGUGACUGGUCAGGGAGAUUAUUCUUUAGCAUAGAUUGAGUGUGUGUGUGUGUGUGUGUGUGUGUGUGUGUCUUUGUGUGUGGAGGCGUGUGUGUAGAUGUGUGUGUAAUGGAUAGUUCUCUUGACAUUACAAGUUACAUACAUCAGACACACCUCCUCACAAAAGGGUCACGAUGGUUUAGUGGCAUUUCUCAGGCAAAAUGUGAGGAGGCCUGCAAAGGAGUGUGUCUUAUUGGUAGUGGGGCGUGCUCAUCCGGUGGGGCGUGUCUACCUCACACCAUAGCAGCUGGAUAUUAUUUAAAGUGUUCAAGAACGGUGCUGAAUUUUAAAAAGUGAAUUUUGGUGCUUAAAAAGAAAAUAUACAUAGCGAUUCAUAGAACAAAACGCUAAGCAUGUUGAUAUGCUGCAGAUUCAAGCUGCAAAAGCUGCCAUUCAUUCUGAAAUCUGUUUUGUAGCAACAGUACCAGAAAAUCUUAAUAAUGCUUACUGUGGUGCAUCCUGCAUACGCUACUUCGCCUGCUGAAUCCACGUAGACUCAUCAUUGAGCACAGUGUUAAGAAACAACAUGCCAAUUUUAAUGACAUUUUGUUAUAAAGUGUGCUUGAAUUAUUUGAUUCAACUGUAUGAAAUACAGUUUCUCCAUGUUAGUGGUACAACAAUGUUUUUGUUAUUAUUGUAAGAUGACAGUUAUUUAACUGACACUUCUAUCUGUAUUUCGGAGCAACAACUGUCUGGUACUUUAAUCCCGAUGGCAAUGGCAAUGUGAAAGUAUGCAAAACUUUAAAUACAGGAUGAGAAUGAUUUGCCUGGGUCUUCCUGGUAGUCCAGUAUGGCCACAGAUUUCUGAUAUCCAGGUUUCGAAUAAGUCAUGAAACCUGUCACUCACAUGGCCAUUACGGAUGCAAUAACAGCUAGGCCAUGCCAAUAAUUUGAAAAUUCAGUAUAGUGUUCUAUAAUCACGUUGUUGACAUUUGUGCCCAUUAGAUCCUGUCUUUUUAGGACAAGCAAAUGAUAAACUAAAACAGUUUCAGAACCUAGAAUGGUAAUCUGCCCUGCUGGCUGUGAAAAAAAUAGUCAAGCUAUCUUACUAAAUAUGUAAUCUAACAAAAUCCAACAAAAUUGGGAUCUGAAAAACAGACAGGAUUAUACAAGCUAAGAAGGGCAUUUUCAUGCAGAAAAAAAAACCCUGAUGUGCAGCACAAGUUCUGAUGAAUGGCAGGGACUAUGUGUGGGACUACAUUAGCACUAAAUUAGUACAAAUUGAUAAACAGUGCUACAGUCAGAGAGCAUAUAAAACUGAAAGUUUUAGACAUCAGAACACUAGAUUCUAAAAUUUAGCACUGGAGGAAAAAAAUGUCCCUGCAUAUUUGUGACAGGGCUUCAUAUCCUUGAAUCCAAGAUCCCUAAGGCUGUUGUGCAUCCAAAUAUCAGAAGCACUCUCCAAAUCAGCUUCAGGUCAGUAAAGAAGGAACAUGCUGUGAGUGGUUAAGGGUUUUUUUCUGGCUAAACUAUGUUUGCUCCAAGCCUGUGAAAUUGUAUCUGCACAGCAAAAAAUGCUCUAUUAGAAAGCUAUCUGCUUCCUCUCGCUUUACAUAAUGUGUAUAAUUACUUAAGCUUUCAUGUAUACGGUGCAUUCCUUUUUAGCUAAUUUAACCUAAUUUAAAUAUUAUUCUAAUGCUUGGAAAACAAAGAAGCUUCUGUUUUUCUGAGCAGAAAACAUGUCCAGGUGACGUAUCACAAUAGGAUCCGUAACUGAUUGACAAAUUAUUUUUUUAAUCUGUAAAUUUAGGACUCCGAGGAAGGAUAUAAAUAUAUUACUGUUGUUAAAACAAUACAUAACAAUGCUUUACUGUUAUCUUUUUUUUUGUCAUUUUGUUAUAGUUUUGCCUGGUAGUCAACUCAUAAUCAUAAUCUAUUGCAGUAAUUCUCAUCUCCAGUCCUGGGAACCCACUGUGCUACAUAGUCAGAAGUUUUCCCUAGUGUAGACAUCCAUGUUGGGAGCAGUGAACACUUCACACUGUGCCAUGCAGCAGCUCCCCUUGAGUGCAGCUGAGAACCCAUACUGUUUUAGAAGUUGAAUUAUAUUAUCUUUUCAAAGACUUUGUGGCAGUGUGUGAAUUUUUACAGGCAACUUCUGUGAAAUCCAGUUACCUCACUCUUCCUGACUUGUCAUUCUUGGGUCCCAUCUGUAAUAAUGUUGACCAUUUGCAUGUAAAUAUGACUAAAAAUUUUGUCUUCUCCCACCUCGCCAAAACAUUGUCUUUUCAUCCUCUGUAUUUAUCAUUUUUAGAACUAUUUGUCAUGCUUAUUCAUUGCAGUUUACAUGCUUGGUUAAAUAUCUGGAACUAAGAACUAACUAUUUUACAUACCCAAUAAAGAUGUUGUUACAUGCUUCACUGUGUUACGUAAUUGUUAGUUGUCAAAGUAAACAAUUUUUACAUGGAAAGCAAGCAAUAUUGCUAGGUGUUACGUUCCCCUCCUGUCUAGGGGAUUGUGAGGAGAAGUAGCAAAUGAAAAAGCAUAAAAUUAAAAGGAAACGGCAAGAACACACUUCAGUCCUCUGCCCCAGAGUGAAGAUGACACCAAUUCAGACGUAUACAAAAGUGGAGAUUUAUUUACAAAAGAAAAAGACAGUAAGUUCAACAUAAGGAGAUAGGGAGCAAUGGCUCAGGAGAGAGCAAGGCCUAAAAUAACAAACAAGUAGUUCUCUAACUAGGUUAGGGAGCAGCACUAACUUACCUCAAACACCCAAAAGAAAAAGAGAAAUAAACAACAUACAACUUCCCUCAACUCCCUAACUGAACCAAAAAACAGGGAUGAAAGUAGUAUUUAAAGAAAAAGGCACUCUCCCCCUACAGCGUCCCUUUUCACUCUCAGCAAA